AUGGCUCCACGCAUGAAGCAGUGCAAGAAUCGCGCGCCUGGCACUGAUGAACAUGUGGAGAAGGACAAGAUCUUCGGAUGGGAGCGGUCCAAGAUCUCUGCGCAGGACAAGAAGCUGCUCAAGAAAAUGGGCCCGCUCAGCAAGAAGGCCAUCAAGAUGCCUGGAGACGAAUGUUACCCUCAUCCUCCUCAGGGUUUCUGGGCUGCUCUUAGUUUUCAAGACACGGACUUGUCCUGCCCUGCACACGGCUUGCACGGGUUUGUUUCUAGUUCUCGUUUUUCUCGUGGAUGGAAUCGCGAUCGAGACGGCGCCUUGGGCGCUCACCGCAAUGGAGCUGGUGAUCCAGACGGCGAUGAUCGAAUCAGCGCCCUCCACGACGACAUGCUCCUCCAGGUCCUCGUGCGGCUGCACUGCGCCCGUGCCGCCGCACGUACCGGCCUGCUCUCGCGGCGGUGGCGCGGCCUCUGGGCUCGUCUCCCCGGCCUCACCUUCCGCGACAUCCCGGCCGGCGAGGUCAAAUCGGCGCUCGCCCAUGUAGCACGUCGCACCGCUGUGUCCCUUCUAGAAAUCCGUCUCAUGGCAUCGACGGACGGCAAGCUUGAUGGCGCCUGUGCGAAGUCGUUGCUGCGCACCGCCGCGCGCCUCUCGCCGAAGGAGAUCGUCUUCGUCCUCCCGCAGCGUCCUAUGAUUAAGCGAGGCCGUGGCGUCACGAUGGUACUUCCUUGCUUCUACCGCGCCACCUCAAUCGAGUUGGACAUGCGAUUCCUCCACGUCAUGUCGCCGCCGGCGGGCCAGCUCCCCGUGCUCGAGAUGUUGUCCAUCUCCGGCAACAUUGUCGACGUUGGUGGCUUGCUGAACCGCUGCCCCCGGCUGCGCGUGCUCAGGAUCACCUUCCGAGGUGUUGAUCCGACAUCUCUUGAGGCCGCGCUCAACACACUCGAGACGGCGGCUGCCCUUGGCCUCGCGGUCUGUGGCCUGGGCAUCGAAUUUGAAGAAUUUACUAGGAGGGUUAGUGUCGAUGGCACUCGCUUUGCCUCUCUUCUCCUUGCCGCGGCUAGGAUAUCUCCACAAGAGCUCCUCUUUACUAACAGCUUCCGCAGACUUGUUGAUGCUGACCUGGUUUGCUUCCACCGCACCACGUCGAUCGAGUUGAACUUGCACAAAAUCCGCUUCACACAGCUACCAGCCAGCGAGUUCUCCAUGCUCGAGAGGCUGACCCUCAAUGGCUGCACCAUCACCGAUCUUGUCACAAUGAUCAUUCGAUCUCCGCGACUGCGCAUGCUCAAGGUCCACUCGGGUUCAAUCGAGGACGUGAAGGUCCACUCGGUUUCACUCGAGGAGCUCGAGCUUGAUUUUGACAGAAACAUGGAAUGUCGGAGCAUCCACAUCGUGACUCCGAUACUUAAGCAACUGAAGCUCAAGGUCCAUGGCGGGACGGACCUACGGGUUUUCAUCUCGGCAUCGAUGGUGGAGAAGGUGUCAUGGUGUCGAACGUAUACAUCGUUGCCUCUUAUUUUUGGUUUCUGGUGGCUCCAGAGCCUGCGGUUAGAGACGAUAGAGAGCUACAAACACAAAGAUGGGGUGCUCAUCAACGAUGAGGCAGCCAUAUGUUCGCAACUUCCUUGUGCUCAGGUCCUAUCCAUGGAGAUAUCUUCUUAUAAUCCUGUAGGUGUUGUUGUGGACUUUGCACAUGAGAUGGAGAAAAUUCUGGUUGCCAAUUUUUCUGUGUUUGAGUUACAUCUCAACGCAAAGGGGCAUGCUUUUGGAGCAUUUUUGUUAGGUCUUCUUGGGAUGCAUCGCAUUAGAACUAAUACUCAGAAGCUGAAGGUUGUCCUGCCGGGGUGGUUUCAGAUGACACAAGCAUCACAAUGUCUUGGAGACUGUCCUUGUGAUGAUCCCAAGGAUUGGAGGAGCCAAAGUAUCUCCCUGACUCUUCUUGAAGAAGUGGAGAUCAUCAACCUCAGAGGAGGGGAUCACGAGAUCGACUUUGUCACAUCGAUACUUGGAUGGGCGCCAAUGCUUACAAGAAUGAUCAUCAAGUUGGUGUAUGAGGUUGAGCAAAGUGAGAUUGGAGGUUGCGCGACGGCUAUCUACAAUACCUGCUUGGGGUAUCCUUCCGUGAAUUGCUCAAUCUAUCUCAGCUCUGGCAAAAAGUUGAGUGGUCCUCAGGCACAAGCAGAAUCAUACGGGCUUUGUUUGCUUCCAGAAAAGGAAUGUUCGUAGCAACAUGAAUGUUUUCCAUGAGGGGGAUACACGCGGUAUGCUCUGGUCUCAUGUCAUGUGUAACGUCUUUGAACCUGUUACCACCUAUGGCAAUCCUUGCGAAACUUCUAUAGAUUUGUCAACCAUUGGUAGUUAAAUGCAAGUACCGCUGGCAAUAAAAA